UCAUUUUUAACAGGACGAGGUUUGCCGCUCGAUCACUUCUUUCCUACUUUCCCCUUUGGCUUGUUAGAGGUGAAAACAAAGAAUUCAAGCAAAAUGAAGCUGCUCUUUGUUGUGCUCAGCAUUGUGCUGUUCAGCGUGGACGCGAAAGUUUCCCCUCCCAAGGUUCAGGUGUACAGCCGGAACCCCGGGGAGUUCGGCAAGUCCAACACCCUGAUCUGCCACGUCAGCGGCUUCCACCCCCCCGACAUCAGCAUCACCCUGCUGAAGGACGGAGUGGAGAUCCCCAAGGCUAAGCAGACCGACCUGGCCUUCGAGCAGAGCUGGCAGUUCCACCUGACCAAGAGCGUCCCCUUCACACCCGAGAAGGGCGAGACGUACUCCUGCAAAGUCAGGCACAUGCAGGACACCAAGAACUACAACUGGGAGCCUGACAUGUAAGGGUCUGAACCCAUGAAUGACUGGAUCCACCACCAAAGGAUGGAUUCCACUUUACACUUUGACCUUGGAAUCUUUACUGUCAGCAGCCAAUCAGCGCAGACCCUGAGCUCAGAACAGUGUGAUGACUCCUCAGACCAUUGCUCCUGUGAAUUCAGAUGGACCUCAACUAUUAAUUACAUUCAGACAAGUUAUAACUGUCAGUUGCACACUUGCUUUUUGAAAUCCAUUUAAUUGCAUCUCUCAGGUAUAAAAUGAGUUUCAAGUUCCAGCAUUCCAUGCUCUCUUUCCAAAAAUAACUAUAUUUGGCAAAGUACAUUUGAUUGCACAAUUCAGUCGACUGAAACUUACAUUAAUUAGGUAAUGUAAAAUUGGGCCGUCUGAAUAGCAUUCAGUUGAUUCACAGUGUUCUGACCUUGGGUGAUGGCAAUAACAUGCAAAACAUGUAUGAACAGAAAAUGGAGUGCACUAUUCGGUAUAAAUGACUAGCUUUUCUUUGCACAACUUUUUAGUUUAUAGAUCGUUUCUCUGUAGUUUAAAUGAAGAAAUUAAGAUUCAACAUUGUAUGUUUCAAAAUGGUAAAGUAAAUGUUUGCCUGGCAGAUACCUAUGUCCAGGUACUAUUGUUACUAUUGUUUCUGUACACAAUGUCCAUUUAUACAGCUGGAUGUUUUGAUUCAUAUAUAAAGACAAGUACCUUACUCUAGGCUGUAAGAGUAGUGUUUACUGAAGCAGGUUGUCAAACACCGUUGCUAAGAUAUUUUAAUAUUGUUAUAAAUUGCUUUUGUUAUGUAUUGUUAUAAAUACAUGCUAUAAUUUGACAUUGAUGGAACAUCCACAAAGCAACAUAAUACACAAUUUCUCUGUCAAACCUGGGUUUCAUGCAAAGAAAUAUAUAUACCCUCAACACAUAUAAAGCAGGAUAACCAAGCAUAAAGGUAAAUAUUGAAGAUGGGCCGUGUUGGUCCUCAAAAAUGUACAGAUAUGGAUAUGUUUCCAAAGAGUUCAUUGUUUGUAAUUUUUCUGGCCUGCUGAAUUA